GUUUUGAUUAUAACGCGCGCGCUCUUUCCGCAGUCUCGCUAGCUUCAUCGAAACCGAUAUGAAUCCGGGUGAAAAGUACGAACAGGACAUUCCAAAACGGCUGCAAAAUGAUGCCAUAUUUGCAGAGAAAGUGUCGCUUACCCGUCGCUGUGCGGUUGUGUACGUGGUAACGUCGGAUCAGCGCUUGUUCGAGGUGCGGCAGAGAGCGAUUCUGUGUCAGGUUCCGCUGACCGUCAGCCGGACCGAGCAGGGACGACAGCAUCCGAUCGUAAACAACUCCCGGCUUUUCAACGACACCCCGUACGAGAUGGAAACAUCUCCGGUGUUUGACUGCCACGAAUCCCCUCCCAGCACCGUCAACGUUACCCUCUUCCGGGCAAACGAUGGAACGAAGCGGAAGCUGUUUAUUCUCGUCCAGCUCGAUCGUACGCUGGUUGUGGUCGAACGACGCACCACCACCGACGGUUGCGAUGACAACGGACAGCUGGUGGUACACUCGCGGUAUGAAGACUUUCGGCAACUUUGCUUCGUCGAAAACGUUCACCGUCCCGGAAGCGGCGCGGUUCGGAUCGAGCUGGAAGACAGGGAUGGUCCGAUUGUGACGGAUUUCCAAGACACACCGAGCGGUUUUGUUGGUCGUGUUGGUGCUGGCCCGUCGCUGGAGGAUAAUUUCACCUGCUUCGAUGAGGUGCUGAAAAUGUUGCGCGACCAAACAACCGAACGGAAGGCACAGCUUGCCACGGCCCAGCUCACUGUAUGCGAAGUAUUCCACGGGAUGAACGAGCGGAUGAAGACGGUACCGCCCCUGCUGCGAUCGUCCAUUGCGGAGGAAAAGGUCCCCCUCGUGCGGUACGGUGAGGUGUGGCAGAAAAUCCACAACGAUCGGUUGCUGAUCGGUGUGCCGGUGUACAACUGUACGUACAGAAGACGGUUAACAUUAAUUAACCUUCGAUUGCUACUGGUCAACUCAGCCACGAAGCCAGCCUGCUACACGACCCGCUUCUAUCGUCUCCGGGACGAUGAUUACAACUUUAAAUCUUACCACGAAAUCUUGGAUAUGGAAGAUUCGCUAGAAGCUGGCCUAACAUUUCACCAUGAGUGGGUAGCAGAAAAGGAAAACGUUCUAUACUCGGAAGAAUGCGCUGUGUUUGUAGCGAGCUGCGACCUGUCCUCGCUAAUGUCGGCUGGCCAUGGCGCACAGUUUAGCUGCUUCGUGACGUAUCGUGUGGAAACGUUCGAAACGGCAUGCGACGAACUGCAGCUGCACGUCGGUUCGGUCGAGCUACCCCAGCAGCAACUGUGCAGCACCGACCACUGGGUACAGUUCCGCAGUGCGUCCGACAUUAGCCGCGAUCUGCUGACCGUAACGUGCACCUCCGAGUGUGUGUCGCUAGCGGUGUGCUACGCCCGCGAACCCGCCGUUGCAAUGAAGGAGUUCUGUGUCGGCAGAUUAGGUUUUGUUGAGGUGUUAUCUACCGUGCUGCAGCAAACCGUACUGUACUGUGGUGAUAACACGUACUGGCAGGGUACGCUGAUAAGAUUGGACCGGAUGGAGGAGAAACGAUUGCGCAUGAAACUAUACAGCAGAUAUGCACACCAAAUACUGACGCUGCUGCAAUCGAUAUACGCCGAUUAUGAGGAGACCUGCGCGCUGGAGCUGUGUGCCUCCGCACAGUGCGCAACGGAGCAGGAACUGAAGCAGCGCCUGUUGGAUGAACUGCAGUGCAAAAUUGAACAACCAAUUGAGAAAAACGCUUGCAUGCGAAAGGAAUUCUGUACUGAUAUGAUUUAUUGCUCGCUAGACACUAGCCACAGGCCGGAACGGUCGGAGGAAACCGAUGCUCCCGUUUAGUUGAUGUUCACCAGAUCCUUUCCAUCGCCAUUGCCACGAUUGUCGAUGGCGACGUGUACGUUCACCAAUGCCGGAUGACGAUCGAUCAGUACUGGCUCAUCGUUGCUAGCCUCAGGGACGGCGUCCUGUUGGCCCGCCGUAUGGUACGGUUCUGGAUCUUGCACGUGCUCUGCAUCCUUCAGUAUGUCGACGUAGAUGGAAACGGCCGGAUGUUCGUUAUCCGGUACGUAAUGUGCGUUGCUCGAAAUGACACUAUUUUCAUCCGGCACUAGCAUGGUUUUGUUGGGCGCGUCCUCUGGGAUGGGAUUAGCGAGGGAAACCGUAACCAGCAAGGCCAGCAGCACAAAGAGUGUUUUCAUUUUGAGGCU